AGCCCCCGGCCCCCCAGUCGAUCGUGCAGGUUGUGCUGGUUGUUGGUGUAUCUUCAGCUACCUGACGCCGUAGUGACUUGUAACCUGUCAUCAUGGACGAGAAAUACGAUGUUAUCGUACUUGGUACGGGUUUGAAGGAGUGCAUUUUGAGUGGGCUGCUCUCGGUGAGUGGGAAGAAGGUCCUGCAUAUGGAUCGAAACAAGUACUAUGGUGGUGCUUCAGCCUCUCUGUCACCCCUUGAAGAGCUCUACAAGCACUUUGCUCGUGAAGAGCAACCCCCACAGCAAAUGGGACGUGGCCGUGACUGGAAUGUCGACCUCAUCCCCAAGUUCCUCAUGGCUAAUGGGCAACUGGUGAAGCUCCUGAUCCACAGUGGAGUCACCCGCUACCUAGAGUUCAAAUCUGUUGAAGGCAGUUACGUUUACAGGAAGGGAGGGAAGAUCCACAAAGUGCCUUGCAAUGAGUCUGAGGCUCUCAGCUCCAGCUUGAUGGGCAUCAUGGAAAAACGCCGUUUCCGUAACUUUGUGGUGUGGGCCUCCGAUUAUGAUGAAAAGAAUCCGGGUACACAAAAAGGAAUUGCACCAACAGCCCCGAUGAAAGCUGCCUUUGACAAGUAUGGUCUAGACCAAAACACCAUCGACUUCAUUGGACACGCCCUUGCUCUUUAUCGGGAUGAUAAGUAUAUCAAGGAGCCCUGUGGACCGGCAAUAAAGAGAAUACAGCUCUACAGUGAGUCCAUCCAACGCUACGGCAAAUCUCCUUACCUCUACCCUUUGUAUGGCCUUGGAGAACUACCCCAAGGAUUUGCAAGGCUGAGUGCUAUCUAUGGCGGAACCUACAUGCUGGACAAACCUGUGGAUGAGAUAGUCUAUGAAGGAGGCAAGGUUGUGGGGGUGAAAUCAAAGGACGAGGUUGCUCACACUGACUGUGUCAUUGGGGAUCCUAGCUACUUUACAGACAGGGUGAACAAAACCGGACAAGUAGUACGGUGCAUCUGCAUUCUCAGCCAUCCGAUUCCAAACACGAAAGACGCCCUCUCCUGCCAGAUCAUCAUCCCUCAAAACCAAGUUGGACGCAACUCCGACAUCUACAUUUCGUGUGUAUCAUUUGCACACAACGUGUCAACCAAGGGCUACUACCUUGCCAUGGUGAGCACUAAUGUGGAAACUUCAAAUCCCGAGGAAGAACUGAGCCCUGGUCUCGCUAUACUUGGAAAAAUUGAGCAAAAGUUCGUUAGCGUUCAAGAUAUCUUUGAGCCAACUGACAAUGGACUUGAAAGCCGAGUGUUUGUGUCCAAGUCCUAUGAUGCAACAACACACUUUGAGACAACUUGUGAUGAUGUUGUGGAUAUCUUUCAGAGAGUUACUGGUGAACCAUUUGACUUCACCAAGGCAUUAAAUGUGGAUCUGAGCCAUAUUGAAGUCAGGAUCAGUGAGAUGAUUAAGCACGACCGCUCCCUUACAUUACUUCAUGGAGAAAUCAUUGAAAGGACGUACAUGCAACAUUUAUGUGAAGAAAUCGGUGAUAUAAUAGAAGAGACUGGUGAAGCCUCACUUGCUGACCUUAGUCGAAAUUUCAGUUUGCCAAUCAACUUUUUAGUUAAGCAUAUUGAAGUAGCACUUGAGAAUAACACAAUAAGAGGCCAACUUGACAAGUCUGAUACUGGCAUCAUAUUCACCGAAGCUUAUGUUAAAAGGUAUAAAUCACGUAUCAGAGGUGUCUUCAAUGCUGUUACAGUACCAAUGGCCAUCAGCAGCGUCGUAACAGAGGGGAAGUAUCAGGAUAAGCUGUUCAAUGCUGUACUGCAGCAACUGAUCUCCGAUCGGGAUAUAUGUGGAUAUCUAAAAGGACGACAAGACAAAGCAGUGUAUAUACCACAUAUCUAUGUUCAUAACCAGAACAAAUGGGCAGACUCCUUCCUUGAAGCAAAUGGCUUCUUAGAGUAUGAUGCACUAUCCCGGCUUGGAAUUGAUGACCCACGUGAGUUUGUAUCCCGUCGUUACUGUGAUGAUGAGAAAAGUGGUGAUAUACUGCUUUUAUCAACAUGCUGUGUUGGUAAAGCUGUAAUAAGCCGAGUUGAAGGUGUUGUUGAGGAGGUGUUAGGGUCAGGAGAAUGGGCCGAUGCCAUGCCGUUGUUGCCAUCACCAUGCACUCCUCAUGAUGUUGAGUUACUACUGAAAAACUACUUGAGUGUACAACCUGAUCUACGAAUAUUUGGCAGUAUUUUAACAACCAAAACCUUCAUGCACAACUGUUGUGACCUUUUUAAACCAACUGUUGCUGAAAGAGCAGAGAAGACAGCAAGUGGAAGAUUUUCUGAUGCACUUCUCUUAAAAGAAAGAAAACCCACCAGCAGCAGAAAAGGUGGAGGAAGAAAAGGGGGAAGGGGUAGGGGGCCAGAUGAUCCGGAAGAACAUGGUUUGAAGGCAACAUCGUUCAUGAGUCUGGAAGAAAUAGCUACCGAGCUGACCAAAAGCUUUCCAGACUGCCCUACUGGGUUUUUAACAGAUGUUGCUGCCAAGAUUGAGAGUUCGCUCCAGGAAUUGUAUGUCAGGAAGGUGGAGGAGUGCAUCUCAACUGCAAGCCAGGAUACAUCAGCAAGUGAGCGGAGAAAGAGACAUUCGGAGCUUCAAGAUAAAGUACAAGCCCUCUGGAAUAUGCUGCAACUCUUUGAGAAGGCUACCUCACAGUUUGAAGGAGAUACCAUGGUGCAACUGAAUCGCUUUCUUCUUCGCACCGUUUGCUCUGACCUCUUUAUCCUACUUUUAAGAUAUGUUGCUGAAGACAAUAGUGUUAACUUUCCAUCAGACACAGCGCCAAAUGUACAGGUACAGCAGAAAAUAAUUGAUUUGCUUCCCACUCCGAUGAAGAAAAAGUUGACUUCAGUAAACAUGGCCCUUAAUGGAAAGGUUGCUGCUACAUUUCUUGCAUUGUUUAAAGAACUGUGUGAAGAGGAAUAUUGUGGAGUUUUGCUAAAGAAACUAGAGAAGAAAAAGGAGAGCAAUCUCUUCUAAAAAAUCUCCUGUGUGAAGAGCAGCCAUCAAUGGUACUUCAUCUGGUAGUUGUCAUACUCUUCCAGCAAAGCACCAACUGUGCAGUUCAUGUUUCAGGAAAGUUGUUACCACAAGUCAUUCACUUUCUACGUAGCCAUUUAGAUGAGAAAAAAUAUGCCGCACUAACUGAAUUUGAAAAAUUACUCAUUAAGUACCUAUCAAUGGAGAAAGAAAGGAAUAGUAGUGCUAUCAAUGAUGUUGUGGUACACGAGACUCCAAGAGAGAAAUGUGCAGAAAGUAGUGAACUGAUUGUCCUGAAAAAGCAAAUUGAACAUAUGCUUGAUGAUGUAAAGCAGCUUGUCAAACAAAGAUCUGUGGUUGAAUAAAUUUCGCUAACAUCCACACAUUGUGAACUAAGCAUAAUUUUGUGUCAUUGGAACAUAUUUAUCUGAUAAGUACGUACCUCUGCUACUAUAAAUAUUUUUAGGUUGAUAGUUUUUAGGCUUUUGUGUCAAGGUCAUCAUGCUUUUUACAAUGUAAACAGUAGCUAGUACUCUCAGUCGAGUAUAUAUUCUAGGUUGUCGGUAUCCAUUUCAGUUUCAACUCACCAUAGGAAGUUCACUACUACAACUCCUAUAAUAAUAAUAUGGCUGAUUAUCUGGUGAAUAUUAUGGACAUUUACUAGCAGCAAAACUGUCUAGUGAAACUUAGGUGUUCUUAUU